AUGGCUACGAACAACCCCACUUCCCAUCUCUCUCGCAAGGAUGUCGAAGGACACAUCCACAAACUCAUUGACUCGCUCGUGAACAUCAAAGAUGAGACUGGAGAGUUUUUGUUGAAACUUGAUGAUGGUCGAGUAAUUGAUACCAAGGGAUGGAAUGACUGGGAGUGGACCCACGGUGUCGGUCUCUAUGGCUUGCUUAAGCUGCAUGAAAUUACUGGAGACGAAUCCGCACUCAAGAUUGCUCUCAAAUGGUUUGAAGACCGCCUACCCGUGGGGACAACCAAGAACGUGAACACAAUGGCACCGUUCUUGACUGCUGCAUAUCUCCACGAACGGGGCUAUGCCCAGUACUCCGCGUACCUUGAUUCAUGGGCUGAGUGGGUUAUGUACACUAUGCCACGAACCGAGGAGGGCGGACUACAGCACAUGACCUACAUAGAUGAACACUUUGGUCAACUUUGGGAUGAUACUCUGAUGAUGAGUGUCCUGCCCCUAGCCAAGAUUGGAUUGGUACUUAAUCGCCCCCAUUAUGUGGAGGAGGCAAAGCGGCAAUUCAUGGUACACACAAAAUACCUUGCGGACAGGGAGACUGGUUUAUGGUUCCAUGGCUGGACAUUCGAUGGUCGACACAAUUUUGCCAAUGCCCGAUGGGCGCGUGGAAACUGCUGGAUAACGGUUUCCAUUCCGGAUUUCAUCGAGCUGCUGAACCUCCAGCCGGGUGACGGUCUGCGCGAAUUCCUCGUCAGUACUCUCAAAGCUCAAAUUGAUGCCCUCGUCAAGUACCAAGAUCCUAAGACCGGACUAUGGCAUACAUUGAUCGAUGACCCCAACUCAUACGUCGAAUCGAGUGCCACUGCUGGGUUUGCAUACGGAAUCUUAAAGGCCGUGAGGACACGACUUCUUCCCAAUGACCCCGUGUACAUUACUUCUGCCAAGAAGGCUAUCGCAGGGGUCAUCAAUUGCAUUACGCCUAAGGGAGAGCUGGAGCAAUGUAGCUUCGGGACCCCGGUUUUCAAGGAUCUGGAUGGAUACAGGAAGAUUCCGAUUACUUCGAUGCCAUACGGUCAAGCACUUGCCCUUCUUGCCUUGACGGAGCAGCUUAGGACACACCUGUAA